AUGGACAAAGAGUGGACUAAAUUACCGUGGUUUAGUCAAGAGUACAUCAACGGUGUUACUCGAUUUUUAGUCUUUGCCUUCACUAAUGGAAGACCUCAAGGAGGUGAACUUCUAUGCCCUUGUGCUAAGUGUAAAAAUAUAUAUUGGAAAACAAGGGAUAUUAUUAGGGAUCACCUAAUAGCCAAAGGUUUUCUAGACGGUUAUGACGUUUGGUUGCACCAUGGGGAGAAACUACAAAGGUCUAUGGAAAUUGGUGAUGGGAUGGAAGAUCAAGAGGGAUCACAUGAUGUCAUUCCUGGCUUAUUGCAUGACAUAUAUGGAGAUAGGGUAGAAGCACACGGAGUUCAUGAAGGUCCCAAUGACGAGGCUAGAACGUUUUACAAUUUGAUUAAAGAGGCUGAACAAGAACUGUACCCUGGAUGCAAAGACUUCUCUUCGUUAUCAUUCACGAUUCGACUCUACUUGUUGAAAUGUCUCCACGGCUGGAGCAAUACGUCAUUCACUGCCCUAUUAGAAUUAUUGAAAGAAGUAAUGCCUGAUUUGAACAUACCGGAAUCAUUUUACAAGACAAAAGCCAUGAUAAGUGGUUUAGGCCUUGAUUAUAAGAAGAUAGAUGCAUGCCCAAACGAUUGCAUGCUAUUUUGGAAGGAGCAUGAAAAGGACAAUUCUUGCACUAUUUGUGAAGCUUCACGGUGGAAACAAAAUGCUGCAACUGAAGGAUGCGAGUCUGAGCAACAAAAAAAUGACUGUAGAGUUCCUGCAAAAGUUUUGAGGCACUUUCCAUUGAUUCCUAGACUACAAAGGUUGUUCAUGUGUUCAAAGACAGCUGAGUCAAUGAGAUGGCAUGAAGAAGAGCGCUCAAAGGAUGGAAAAUUGAGGCAUCCUACUGAUGGUAAAUCGUGGAAGGACUUUGAUGAGCUCCAUCCAGAUUUUUCUAGUGAGUCCCGCAAUGUAAGACAUGGCUUAACGAGUGAUGGGUUUAAUCCAUUUAGGACCAUGAGCUUAUCUCAUAGUACAUGGCCUGUCUUGAUGAUGGUAUACAACACACAACCUUGGCUGUCCAUGAAACCUGAAUAUACAAUGUUGUCAUUGUUGAUUCCUGGACCAAAAUCUCCAGGCAACGAUAUCGAUGUUUACCUCCAACCACUGAUAGAGGAGCUAAAAGAGUUAUGGGAAUCCGGCAUAGAGACAUAUGAUUCUUCAAUGAAUCAAACUUUUCAAAUGCGUGCAGCUCUUCUGUGGACAAUUAGUGACUACCCUGCUUAUGCUAUGUUGUCGGGAUGGAGCACCAAAGGAAAAUUGGCGUGUGCCUGUUGUAAAUCUAACACCAAUUCGUUAUACCUCAAACACAGCCAUAAGAUGUGUUAUAUGGACCACCGUACCUUUUUACCAAGAACUCAUUCUUGGAGAGACGAUGUCAAAUCAUUUAACGGAGAAGAAGAACAUAGGAUUGCACCAUCCAUGUUAAACGGGGCAGAAAUUCUUGAACUCUUAAAAGAUUUCAAUAAUGAAUUUGGGAAGAAAAAUAAGAAGAAAGUUGAUGGCCCGUGGAAGAAGAGGUCAAUUUUUUUUGAGUUGCCUUACUGGGCUCAAAAUACAUUGCGCCAUAAUUUAGAUGUAAUGCACAUUGAAAAAAACAUAUUUGAUAGUAUUGUUGGAACUCUUUUGGACAUCCUGGGGAAGACAAAAGAUCAUAUUAAAGCCCGUUAUGAUUUGCAAGAAAUGGGAAUUAGAGAAAGACUUCAUCCAAGGGAGAUUGGUGGAGGACGUUCAGAGUUUGCGAAAGCAUGUUUCUCAAUGACUCCGCACGAGAAGUCAAUUUUUUGUGGAGUUAUAAAGGCUGCCAAGUUACCAGAUGGGACUGCAUCAAAUAUUUCAAAAUGUGUACAAGUUGGUGACAAAAAAAUAUCUGGUUACAAGAGCCAUGAUGCGCAUUUCAUGUUACACUAUUUGUUGCAAAUUGCAGUAAGAAGCACAAUGCCCAAGGAGGUGGCAACCCCACUAAUUCGUCUUGGUUCCUUUUUCCGCUCUCUAUGUCAGAAAGUUAUACAAGUGGAAGAUUUAGAUUACCUAGAAGAUGAGAUUGUAGAGAUACUUUGUCAGUUGGAGAUGAUAUUUCCUCCAAGUUUCUUUGACAUAAUGGUUCACUUGCCUAUUCAUCUGGUAAAUGAAGUUAGAUUGGGUGGUCCUGUUCAAUUUCGAUGGAUGUAUCCCACCGAAAGAUACUUGUGUAAACUUAAGAACUAUGUCCGCAAUAGAGCUUAUCCUGAAGGUUCUAUUGCCGAGGGGUAUCUGGCUGAAGAAGCUAUAACAUUUUGCUCAAGUGAGCAUGAUCAAAGUGUUAAUUUAAACACUAACAAAAGGAAGUGGACCAAGGCCAAAAGUCAAAGUAAAGAAUUUAGUGAAUGGUUUAAAACUCGUGCCCAGAAUGAUGAUGUGCCAUUACAACUUGAAAAACUUUCUAGAGGUCCUAAUUUUGUUGCAAAGAGGUAUCCAGGUUACGUCAUUAAUGGAUAUAGGUUCCAUACUAGGAAACGAGAUGCAAAUCGCAAAACUCAAAAUUCUGGCGUAACUUUAGUUUCACUAACUUCAAGUUUCGCUAGCUCCAAGGAUGGAAAUCCUAGGACAGAACCCAUCACAUAUUAUGGAGCCAUUGUUGAUAUAAUUGAGUUAUACUACUAUGGAAAUUUCAACUUUGUUUUGUUUAAGUGCGAUUGGUUUGAGGUUGAAAAAGACAAAUACGGACUUACUUGUGUGCGUUUCAAUAAGAAAAUUUAUCAGAAUGAUCCAUUUGUGCUACCUUCUCAAGUUCAUCAAUGUUACUAUAUCCAAGACCCUUUUGAUCCAAACCGGCAUUAUGCUCUGCAAACAGUUCCACGAGAUUUCUUUAACAUUGCUGACCCGUCAAAUUUACAAGCUGAAAGUGGAGAAAAUAGUGAUGGUGAUGGUGAAUUAAAUUGGGUUAGGGAAGACAUACCUGCAACAAUAGCUGAAACACCUCGUGAAAUGAAUGAAGCUGAAAGUGAUGGAGAGGAUUUUGAUUAUGAUGAUACCCUAUUUGAUUUCAUGGACUAA